UUUCAGUUCAUCCAUUAUCGGAACGGACCACCUCCAAGGAGAUCUCGCAGUAAGGACAAGAGUCCGAUCAGCGGUUAUAACCAUUACAAAGGCAUCGUUCUCAAAACUGUAAUAAGGCAUCCAAAGAAACCCAAUUCCGGAAACAGAAAAUGCGCCAUAGUUCGUCUUUCAACUGGGGCAGAAGUAUGCGCCUACAUUCCGGGUGUCGGCCACAAUCUUCAGGAACAUUCUCAGGUAUUAGUGAAAGGCGGACGAAGACGUGAUCUCAUCUCAGUGAAGGCAAACAUUAUACGAGGGAAGUUUGAUUGUGCACCUGCAGGUUCAGGAAAAAAGUAG